UCUAGGGCUGUCCGUCAACGCCGCCGACCAGCCGUUUCCUUCAGCGAUAUACCUACAGGUCGGAAAAUCUUCAAUAGCCGGACCAGAUUCUCUACCCGCUAUGCCUGGUGCGAAGGAUUCCGCAGAAAACGCAGGUUUCAUCUUCCGGAUACGCACUUUCAUCAUCGUUUGCGUGGAUUACCCUUCAAGAACCCCCUCCCUAAAGAAAAGCGCGACCAAUACGUUUACAGUGACUCUAGGUUAUGCUUCAAUGGAUUCGAAGGGUGUUCAACAGAAACCACCCGAAAUCUCAGAUUCAAAUUCCAGACACAUCAUAAGGUAUUUAUGCUCUUUUAUUCCUUUUACAAUCACAACUUCUGCAUCUCUGAUUUUGGAGCUAGAAGAUACUGCAUUUGGUUCGAUUUGGAAACUGUUAAUUGGAUCCUAGGUUCUCUGCCAUUUUUUUCGAAGCCUAAAUGUUUGGAAGUUUCCAAAACAGAGGAAAAUAGGACCAUUUAUCUUUCCAUUGGUAUCAAUAAAAGGGGUAAAUUUGUGAAAAUUCAAGAGAUUAGAAGAGAGGGCAGUAUUUCAUUGCUAUCCCCUUUGAUUCACUAGCUGACGGCCCAAAACUCUUCACCAAGGCUCUCUCUUUAUUCACCAAGAGAGCUACCAACCUUGAGGAAAGUUCAAAGGUGUGUGUGGAUCCCCAAGAACCCCUGUGUCAUUCUCCCACUGGAAUUGAAGCUUCUUCCCUGCCUACUACUACUAGGCAGGAUGUUAUUACCCAUCGAAGUAGUGAUUUCACAAGUUCAGAGGGCUUCGUUGUUAACCCCACUGCCGUAACUAACAAGCAGCUAGUUAUUUUUCAGAAUAAAGCAGCUCCUAAUGUCAGCCUUUCCAUCAACCAAGACGAAGAGUUUCCACCCCUGGCCCGGAAACUCCUUAGUGCUUUUGCUCCCACCUUUGUGCCCGAUGUAUACUCCUACGCUAAUAUUUUCACUAAGGAACAAGGAUCCAAUGUUAUUACAGAGCCGGAAGAAGACCCCUUUUCAAAUCUCAAUGGUCAAAGCUUGGUUCUAUCCCUCAACGCAGUGGAAGAUCACACUAAGGACAGGGAAGGUCCCAUUCUCUAUACCCACUCCGAAGGGGAGGAUUUUGUGUUCAUAGACACAAAGCUCAAACCUUUACAAAUCGACUUCUCAAGAUGCUCCAAACACCCCCUCCAUCUCCGCAAGGAACUAAAAGGAAGAAGGACGUACUCACCGUCACAAAUUGUUACGAGGAGCAAGGCUAAAAUACUUGAGCAAGGAAGGAAAUUUAAUCCGAUAGGCUGGGUCGAAGAAGAAGACUUGUUAGAUCCCCAAGAAUCACAUGAGGACGAGGUUAUCAAUUUCUUCAAACUUUGCUGUCCUAACAAGAUUGAAGAUCCUAAACCCCUUAGCAAACCUCUAACCAAAACUCAAAAAAAGAAAAUGAAGAAGAAAAAGAAGCAGACUCAAUUUUCUGAUUAUGGUUACGAUGAAGAGAUUGGAUAUGCUUAUUGAAAGACCUGCUGUUAUAAUUAUUUCUCUAACCCUUCUUUUGAGUUUUGUUUGUUCCUUAUUUCUGAAGAAGUAAGAGGUUAUUAAAGCCAAGGGUGUUUGGGAACAAAUUUGAUUGAAUUGAAAGUGAACUUUGGCACUGGAUGGGUUUGGCACGGUUGUGGAAUCACCAAGGACAUUGGAAAUUGGAUGGCCUCUUAAAUGUAUAAAUCAUUUGACUUUACCCUUUGCAAGCUUUCAAUGGUUAGAAUUGAAAGUGAACAAUUUGGCAGUGGAUGGGUUUGGCGUUGUUACUUAGCGCUGUUUCUGGGUUUUGCUUCGAUUAUCAACCCUACGGAUGGGCAGGAUUUUUGUCAUCUUCCCUGGAGCUGAUUCAUGCGCUUGGCUAGAGCUGCUGGGCGGACCUUAGUGCUGGACAUUUGGGCAGACAGGCUUUGCUCUACUCCUGGUUUUCUUUUAGUGUUUGUCUAGAUGCUAUUUGUUUCAUAUUGUCUUGGUUUUUUCCUCUUGUUUGUAGUUUUUUUUUCUUUUCUUUUUUUGGGACAACUUGUUGGGAUCGUCCCAUCCCCCUUGUUUCUUUUUUUCUUUACUUAAUAAAAAUAAAUAUUUAUU